AUGCCGUAUUGCACGGCUCCGGUGCUACAAACCGGCGACAAAGAGUCCCGGGCAGUCGCAACGCCGACGCUGCUUCAUCGUGUCACCACGACAAUCGUCGAUUACUUCCUUCCUGCCCCUCUCCGAUCGGAAUACUGCGUCAUAUCCAAAACCCUUACAAACAAUUACUAUUCAUGCCUAUGUCUCUUUCUCGUCUUGGUCUUCGCCAUUGCCGAGUUUGAGCAGCCAGGGUGGUUCCCGCGACCAGAAGAGCUGAGCUCAGCAGUGGUUGGGUUCCUUGGUGUGGGAGCUAUUAUAUUCAUUGUUGUCGCACUGCUCGAGUACGUCGAAACACACACUUGGCCAUGGGAGGACGAUGGAUUCGUAUGGCCAUGGGAGGCACUGCUAUGGGGUGGCACUGUAUACAAUGACGAGGAAAUAGACCAGAGUGUGACGGAACAUCCAGGAUCGUUCGUUGCACAAGUGUCACCGCAGGUAGGAACGAAGAAGGCUAGUAGUUCCGAACAUGAACAGGCGAAUAAUUCUAGGCAACAUAUGAUCAUCCCUCCGACGCCUUUCCUGUCGAGUGGGCUUAAGCCGACCAAUCUUUCCCCGCUCAUCAGACAUUCCUCUGGACUUUUGGGUGAAUCGCCGACACCUCCCUACCCCGAGCGUUCAGGGAUUGCCUCAGGUCGAAGAGCAGCAAAUCAGGGAAUCAUGGAGCUAUUUGAAAGCACUCAAUGA